UACAAGGUCAUCUGUCGUCAUCGAGAAGUACAUAGAAGUCUAAUUCAUAAAGCGCUGGUUGUGAGUGUGUAUGUGUUUCAUGUGUGAAUGUUGUUCGUAUUUGCAUCUAUAUUGUUAUUAUUACAGUAGUCACGCUGUAGUGGUCUAUUGUAGUUAAACUGAAUUCCAUUUGAUUGGAUCAAUAAAAAUUAUCUUAUCUUAGAUCUAUAUACUGAUUAUUGUGUCACAAUAUAAUACCUUAUUUUGUCACUACAUAUGCCUGAAUAUUUAAUCUUUAUAUAUCACUAAAUAUUAGAAAAGUCUGAAUUUUGUCUUCAUUUAUAAGAUUUUAUUAAGAGGGAAAAAAAGUUAAGUAAAACAAAUCUAAGUACCAGAGAAUGCGUUCAUGAAUUCUUUGAUAACACAAUCGGGAAUACCAGCAAAGAUUUACAGUACAAAGCACACUGCUACAGAAAUAAAUGGAGCCAUACAAAUAGGGUGAUACAACCAUGCCUGGACUAUUUAAGUGGUUCCUAAUCUUUGUAGUUGCCACUUGCUGUCUGUGCGUGCAUUCUAUCGACGUGAGUACAUCCUGGUUGACAGACACUAUCAUAGGAACUAAUGCCACAUUGCAGUGUGGUUGGACUGCAGCCACUGGAGAAACUCCAGCCACACUUUUCUUGUCACCUAAUAACAACAGCAAUGCCAAUUAUUUUACAUGUGAGAUUUAUUCUGUUCCACCGCACGCCUGCACUAAGGAUCCUUCAGCUCUGGAGAAAUACAGCAUUGCCACAUCUCUUCGAGGGUCUGUGUCCAUGUUGAUUACUAAACUGAGCUGCACAGAUGAUGGAACGCAAUAUUAUUGCAUUGUCUCAAACAAUUCUAAGCCUCCAGCUAUAUCAAACUCUGUACUAAGAGUAAAAGUCCCUCCCACAGUGCCAACACUAAGUAAUGUCCAGACAGGCGUGAAAGAAAACUCAAGCAUCACAGCCACAUGUACAGCUGGUGUGGGUUAUCCUAAGGCUGGACAGAUUGUUUGGAAAGCUUAUCGGAAUGGACAAAGUGUGAAUUUACCUCCAGAGAUUGUGAUUACUUCUAUGAAUGCCAGCCAACCAGAAGAUGACAAAUGUACAGUCCGUACACAAAGUUCAGUAACUCUAAAAGCCAACAGACUUCAUCAGAAUAUUUCUUUGGCAUGUUUUGUAACCAAUCAAGAUUUUAAACCUACAGCACCAGACACUUGUACUGACACAAAGUCAGAUUUGUGUGCACAGACUGAACCAGCAGUGGUCACUUAUCCAGUGUCCAAAAUGAAUUUAAAGAGAGAACCAGCCUCUACACUGUAUGAAGGUGCUAGAGUGACACUAAAAUGUCAAGCCGAAGGAAAUCCUUUACCAACAUACUCUUGGACUAAAAUUGGAGAUGAAAACAGAAAACUGUUUGUUGUAAUGGAUGGUUUAGUCAGCACUAUUACUUUGACUAGUCUGAAUAAAUCCUUGGAUGCUGGAGACUACAGCUGUAAAGCACUCAAUAUUGUAGAAAAUGAAAAGUACAUUUUUCUUGGUUUUAUUUCACUUAUUAUAGAUGAAAACAUUACGCAAACUUCUACAACAAUUCAGAAAACGCCCACAACUGUUACAACUGUGACAAAAACUCCAACAGGGACUGGGUCACCCGAAGCUACCACUGUAAUCAGUGAAUCUGGUAAUAGCAGUAAUACAGUUUCAAUGAUUGUUAUGGUCCUCCUGGUCUUUAUCUACAGGUGUGAUUUUAUCUGCAAUCAUAAUUGUUCAGUUUGUUGUGAUCAUCUAUCUUCUACUGAGAGUCAAAGGUAAAUAUCUGAAGGAGAACAAAGCGACCAAAAAAGAACCAAGAGUUUAUGAUCGAACAGUAACAGAUCCUCACUACAUUUAUAUUGAUGAUAUACAUAGUUAUACAACAGCAAGUUGAGAGAGCGAGAGAGAGCGAGAG